AUGCAGUCUACCACAGCAUCGCGCCCACUCUCACCACCUACGAUGUCCUAUUCCAAUCCACCGCCCCUCAGCCCCGGUGGCGGGGCUGGUGGUGCACCCUCAAAACGCGACAAGCGCCGCACUGCACUCCAGGAGCGGCUCCAGGAACUGACCGCGCAGUUCAGCAACAACCGCGAUGUCCAGUUCCGCCAGCAAUUGCACGCUCUCCAGUGUGACAUGACCCUAAUAAACAAUGCUGAUCCAUACACUACUGGUCCGCUCUCGGACACCGCGGAGAGCAUCGCUGCGCUGAUCGAGGACACUGUUGGUGGCGGCAGCAAGUUUGCUAAGGAGAUGGCUGGUCUUGCUGGUACCUGGUAUUCUCGGUUCGUGCAACAGGUUAAUGAGAUCAAAGAAAAGAGAGAUGCCGAGCUUGUUUCAACCAUGAACGGCUACAACGACAUCCUGGAACGCCAGGGCAGAGAACAUGAUUUUCGUGUCUACUUUGCCAAGGAAGAAUUCAACCAGUUGUCCUCUACCCUCCGCGAGCGAUUGAUGCAGAGUAUCUCGGGCAAGCGCGCUCGUCUCAUGCGCGAAAAGGAGCAGCUCGAUAUCGCCGAUACCAAUGCCUUCUUUCUCCAUCCUAAUCAGUUCAGCAUCACCAACCCUGCGAGCCCCGGUGGCAUUCACAGCAACCGCAAAACCCGACACACCCGCCACCGCGUUGACCUAGACGAACUAGGCAAUGGCGUCAUUUCGGAGCUGAACAAGCGCAAGCGCAAGGCCCCCGAGGAGGAAGCUGGAUCGCCCCCGCGGGACGCGGGCGAUGCGACUCCCGCCAAGCGCAACAAGGUGGAUGUCGCAAAGGAGCAGAUGGCCCCUACCUACUCCAUCAAUUCUCUCUUCACCGACAAGGAGCUGAGUGCGCACGCAAACCAGGCACAUGUUGCGGCGGUCCACUUCUUCUCUACUUCAAAGCGCCCAGACCACGGAUCUGGCGCCGUGACCAAUGGCAACAAUACCGACGCUGAGGACACCCCCGAAGGCACCGGUCACGAAGACAAUGGCACUCCGAGCGCCGCCGACAUGAUGCGCACUGCAAGUCACAACUUCCACGCCACCCGUUCGACCCGCACCACCGCUGCGCACAGUGCUCUCAGUGCCCUCGCCGACCUGGCCGACAAGCCUGCUACUCGCCCCAACCUGCCCUAUCACGUCCUAUCCAACCACCACGCCCGACCAAAUGGCAACGCACCACCCCUGACUGCCCUUAUGAACGAGGAAGUCGACGACGAUUGUGCCCGCAUCAGUCGCCUCACAUCCAAGCCAAACCACUGGAUCGACUCCUCGCUGGUCGAACUUGUCGCAGCGCCCCUUCCUGCCUCCGUAGAUCCGGUCGACGGCCACCCGCCUGACCCUGCUAUCUACAGUCAGCUGCACCCCGACUUCUCACCAUCCAUGGGCAUCGAUUGGACCCCCGGUGCUCACAACCCUGGCUUGGAAAUGUUUCCUCCGACGGCCAUGGAGCGCGAACGCAGUCGCAAGCGUACCCGCAACAACUAA